CAUUAUUUAAAUUCAAAUUACACAAGCUAGUUGUAGGCGUAUAUCGGUCAUUGCAAGCAAACGAAAGAAGAAAAGUAAUCAUUCGUAUUCCUAUGAAAUGAAAUAAGUCCGCGAAAUUACGUUGAAAGCCUAGUUAUAACUAAUGAUGAAUUAAACUUAUUCUGGCUUUCUGUACUGCAUUUUUUCCACUCGAACUUCUCCAUCGAAAAUUCGGUAAACGUAUAAAAUAAGAACAGCCCCCUGAACAUCCAUUAAUACGAAACUGGGUGUUAUUUUGGUAUCAUCGUUAGCAGCCGAUACGGUCGGUGCUCCUGUUGCGGAACCAGGAUUCACAAAGAAGCAAUUAUCCAAUUCAAAGGCAGAAAACUUAUGCGUAUUUCCAUAAAGAACAAUAUCAGCAUCCAUUUCUCUAGCUAGUAUACUUAAAGCUUCAGGACUGUCCUGAGGGACAAUUAGGUGCCCGCUUGUGUAUGCUACUUUGAAAGAGCCCAAUAUCAACUUUCCAGCUAUCGGCGAUUUGUUUUCUAUGUCAUAAGCUCCUCUUACUAGUUUUAAAUCUGCGCAUACAUGCUUUAAAUAGUCAUAUAUAGAUGGACUCGUCAGGUUUCCCAAACAUAUAAUUUGAUUGAUUUUUCCAGGAACCAAAAGCUGCCGAAACUGUCAAAGUUAGUCAAUUAUGCUUCAACCUAGAAGAGCUGAAUUGAUUCGUUCAAUUCACCUAAUAUCAUGCAUACCUUUUCAGAUAAUUUUGGUGAUCGAUUAGGAAUAUGAAAAUCACCAAUUACUAGCACAAGCAUUCUAUACUAUUAUUCCUUUAUCAAACUUUCAAUUCUUCGCGAAUUAAAAAACUCCUCCCUUUUGUGGUGGUUGUGUACUAGUCACGUUUAACUAUAAUAGCUAUCAACGAAACUCCAUUCGGUCUUUUGAUCUUUUUCAAAUCCAAUCUUUUCAGAGGAUUUAGUAAAUGCUAAAUUUUGUCUUUAAAAGAAUACAAGUUAAUCCAUAACCUUCCUGUGUGGGUUGUUUCCAAACAAAUAAAUAAACAACAGUCAUUGUUACUGAGCAUACCAUUUUCCUAAUAUCUUUGGAAAACUGAACCUUACAAGUCUGUAUAUCAAUUGCACUUUUUAUGACAGGAACAUUUCAUAAUAGCAGAUUAUGGCUAGAUGGCUGUUUAGAUUUCUUCCAUUAUGGACACAGUAAUGCUAUUUUACAAGCUAAGCAGUUAGGCGACCAACUAGUUGUAGGUGUUCACUCUGAUGAAGAGAUUACACUUCAUAAAGGGCCUCCUGUGCAAAACUUAAGUGAAAGAUGUCUAGCAGCAAUUACUUGCAAAUGGGUAAAUGAAGUCGUUCCUUACGCCCCGUAUGUAUUUGACCUUGCGUGGAUGAGGAAAUACGACUGCCAAUUCGUGGUACACGGUGAUGAUAUCUCUACUGACGCUGAAGGAAAUGAUUGUUAUCGUCAUGCAAAGGCUGCUAAUCAAUACCUUGAAGUUAAGCGUACCCAGGGUGUCAGUACUACAGAACUCUUAGACAGAUUAUUAAACUCGCUGCCAUUAUCAACUUACACCAUUUCUCCAUCGAAUAUAAGGACUUAUGAACCGUUAUUAAAAAGGUUUGCUUCUGCUCCUAACGGAACAGAUCCCUACACUAAUAUAUUUAUACAAUCCUCCAAUGGUCCUGAAGAAUUAGUCUCUGGAAUAUUUUCCGAUAAGGUAAAGUUGAGAAAGUCCGCAAUCUACCUAGACGGCGACUGGAGUUUGUUCACUGGGACACAUAUGACGGCUUUAAAGGCUUGUGCAGAGGCAUUUCCUGAUUUACCGAUAGUCGUUGGAGUAUUUUCCGAUGAUAAGUGCUCUGAAAAGCCAGUAUUGAAUCUUUUAGAAAGGACGCUUAACCUUUUGCAGUGUAAAUAUGUUUCGGCUGUAAUUAUUGAUCCUCCUUCUGCAAGAAGCUUUGAUACAUUGAAAUACUUGAAAGCGAAAUUUGAUGGUCUCAUUGACAACUUUUCGUAUCCUAAAUUCUCUGUAAAGGAACAAGCUACAUUUCAAGUGACUCUUAACAGGAAACCAACUGAUAGCUUUCAAAUACUGGACAAGCAAGGAUCUGACACAAUUAAACAGCGAAUUGUGUCAAGAAAACAUGAGUAUGAAGAACGUCAACGCAGGAAACUUAACAAAAAUGGAACAGAAAAUACCACUAUUCGCGCAUGCGUCGCUAGUUGAUUAUUAACUAUAAUUAUUCUACCUUCUACAAAUUGUCAACUAAAUGUUGCAUUAAGCAUCAUCACUUCCUCAACAUUUAUGGAAGCAUCAUUAAAAUAACCCAAAUUAGACAAGUGUGAUAAACAUCAAAAGAAAGCAUAGGUAUUAUACACUCAUUUUCAUCUUUAUGGGGCCCCAAGGUUCGUAUCCUUCAAUAAUAAAAUCUUCUAUACUAAAUUG